AAAUUUCCCGUUGCCGUUUCUGUAUUCACGUGCGUCGACCGCUUGAACGGUCUUCGGCGCCUCAAUGCAGCAUGGAUCCCCUAAGCCCGCCCAAAUUCAAACCAAAUGGAACUGAUUAGACCUUGCUCGCCUCUCGCAACACCACGAUCGCUAUCUUACAGCACAGUGCUUUGCUUAUUCGUCGUUCGUUUCAAUACUGCCCUAGGACUACUAGUGAACCAAGCAGAGUUGGAAGCAGUGGAAAGAAUUGCAUCGAGGAGUGUCCGCGUUAGUGAAGCUAGUGAUAGGCGACAUUCCAGCGGAGUCUGGCGUAGCAAGUAACAAAGGUAGUACGGGUGUUCGGCCCAUUCCUGAUACAGCAGAAACAGCCGUGAAUGUACUGCUGCAGUAAAAAUCGUCAUGAAUUCGUGUAUCCUCCGUAGUGUUCUGCUGUGAAAGGCUGUUUCUAUACUAUUUGUGCGGACUAUUCGGCGUUGGCGCCCGCUUGCCGCUAAAGUAUCACCGCCUACCACUGAGUGGCUGGGCGACUGGCUCGAACGACCAAGUGAGCCGAAGUGCUGGCUAAUGCUGUUUGUAUUGUCUGGUAUUCGCUGACUGAGACGAGAGAGUGCAGUUCUACGCUGAGUAGCGGUGGCCAGCAGAUAUUAUCACGAAAGCAUGAUAAAAACGAUACGGACAAGGACUGCCACAACAGAGAUUUCGACAGGGUGAUGAGGAUACGAAGCACACUAUCAUGUUCAAUGGUUUCUGUCAAACUCCAGAUUAAAUAUAUGAGGUCAUUUCGUAUUUAGACACAUCUUUACAUCAUUAGAACAGCUGUCUUGACUCAAUCAAAUUCGAACUGAGCUUGCAGAGUGAAAAGAAAGAUGCUUUUCUCCAAUCUACCAUAAAGCUAAACAUAGUGCUCCUCAGAGGCCAAGGAUGUGCCAAUGAAACUCUUAACGUAUUGCAGUCACCGAAAGGCAAACGUUGAAACCGUCAGAGUUAGAGUUCGAUUUGAAAAUCUGGUGCUCGAACACUUCCGGCUUCUCGGAGUCUGAUGGCUUGCAGUUUUAUUCUCUGACCAGGUAGCCCGUGUCAGCUGUUGCUGUUCGAUUGAACCAGGAGCGUCAAGCAACACUGGUGCUAAAGGCAGACUUUCAGCGUAUGUAUGUGCGUGUGUGUGUGUGUGUGUGUGUGUGUGUGUGUGUGUGUAUCCGUCUGUGUCUCUAUCUGCCUGCAUUAAAAUGAUAUAGAAGGUGAGAAAUCUGUCGUGAGUAAACUAAGCAUGAACACAAAGCUCAUCUUUAAGGUAGCUCAGUUCGAAAAUUGAUUUCGCCAAAAUUCAAUCGUCAGUCAAACACUGCUGAGUGUUGCUGGAUUAUUCAACGAAUUAUACUCAGUGAAAUCUGACGGAAAUAGGUUCGACGUUCGUUUCUCGAACACGAAGCAAGAUACUGGGAAGCGCCGGCUAUGUGUUGAGAAGAUGUGCCAUGAAAAUUUCCAUGUGAUUAGUUGGGGUUGUUCAAAUGUUCUCGCCGCCAAGAUCAACUGUUUAAGGACGGCAAAAAGGGACGACGAGCAGCACUUGUUCUUCUCAUUGCUUGUUGAAGUGCUGCUGCAUAAAAGCCACAACGUAUAGUGUACUACGAUUCUUCCCAUAAAAACGAGCCCUUGCUUUGUGAAUGUGUCGCAGUGAGUGUUGAAAUAACCGGAAAGCUAGCUCGCAGUGAGGUGUGAUCCCGGUUAUUGCCAUCAAAUCUAUAGUGGGACCAGGAUGAGAUUGGAUCUACGACGCAGACGGGGCCUCUGUGCCUUACUACUGAUGCUUUUCUGUGGUUCGAGCGUAGGCCUAGAUCAACAGCUUGGCCCCCAGGACAGGCGCAGCGUGCAACAGAGCGCCUCAGAAUUAAAACUGUGCCUUCGAGAUACGCACCCAUUUGCCUCUUGGUUACAUCGUUCGGCGCAAUCGUUAGACGUUCGCACAUACGGUGAAGCCAAUAGCUAUCUACGCAGUUAUGAACAUAGUCGAAAUCAACGUAUCAGAGAGCUACGUACAGCUUCAGCAGGCAGUCAAGUUCAGGACGUCCAAGACGGGCAGGCCAGUAGCAAAGUAAACAAUAAUGAUAAUCCAAAUAGCAGUGACAGUACGAGCACCAGUAAAAGAAAGAAAAUACGUAGCACAGGGGAAAUUCCUCAGUCACUAGCGGACGUUCCCUCAGCGAAAAGAGACGAUCGUGACACAACGCCGGCUAAUAGUCGAAUGACUGGUGGGAUGCCGGAAGUGCGUCACACGCCGAUUAUCCCUAGUGAAUCCUCUCGAAGCCCAACAAUGUCGACGUUUUCAGAGUCAAAUCAAGUCCCUUCACCACUUCCGCAACAACUGGAAGAACCGAGUCAAGAAAAUGUCGUCGUUACCAAGGCGGAGUCGCGACUCGAUGCCAAGAGCAUUUAUGUAGACGCCUCAGCGAGUGGUUCGGAUGGUACCACAGUCACGUCGGAUGCAGGGCAAAAAUUUCCGCAGGUUGUCACCCCGGCUCGGAUCGAAGAAACGAAACAAGCUGUUCAGGAAGAUGGUGACGUGGCUCAACGCGGGGACCAGAAAUCUGAAGCAGCCUCUCCGAAUGCAACAGAUGGCCCCCAAUUGCCUUUAGUUGAGAUGGAGACAGAUACUAGUACGGCGGGGACCGCGGCAAAUGAAGAUGGCCUGAAGCAGAAUGAUACAGAGAACGCAACAUCGAUUUUGAAUGAUUCAAUCAUUGAUGGAAAAGAGGCAAUGCCGAGCUUCGACGAGUGGAAGAAGAUUCGUCUUGAACAAGAGCAACUUCAAGAGAUUCCAUCGCAAACGAAAAUCAAGGAGCCUGAACAACGAGAAAUAAUAAAGCCUAUAGAACGCAAACGUGGUAGGCGUAAUUAUGCCUCGGUGGAGUGCGGAGCUAAGUUACUGUCGGCUAAUCCAGGAGCCGAAAGUGCGUCCAAGAUUUUGUUAGAAUCCAAGGAUGAGUAUAUGCUAAAUCCUUGCAAUUCACUACAGAAAGAGGGUAUGUGGUUCACAGUUGAACUGUGCGAGAGUAUCCACCCGACUCAUCUAGAGCUGGCCAACUUCGAGCUGUAUUCAUCGACUGGUAAAGCGUUUGUCGUGUACAUGGGUGACCCCGAUGAGUCGCGAGACUGGACUCGGAUUGGCAAAUUCGAAAUGGCUCAACUCAAGACUGUGCAGAGCUUUCCACUUGACGCGCCUGGAUUUGGCAAGGCAAUCAAAGUCGAGUUUCAAAGCAUUUACGAAAACAACCAGUACUACUGUCCGUUGAGUUUAGUGCGAGUGUUCGGCAGCUCGAUGGUUGACGAUUACGAAGAGAAAGUUUCGGAAGACAUUACUGCUCAGCUUGAGCAGAAACAACCAAAGGCGUCAAAGGAACAGGCAGCUGAACUGCCAGUAGCUACACCAGGUGGCGUUGGUCGCAAUGUUGGCAGUGGUGAAAACAUGGUUUCGCGCGCCAAACAGGCGGUGAUCAACAUAAUUAGUUCAGUGAGUCAAGCUGUUUCUGGGAGCUCAUCAACGCGGUCCGCUGCCAAUUCGAAUGGCACCGACUGUCCGGACACUGGGUCCAAGGUAGCGGAUAACGAAAGAAAAUCGCCGUCAACUGUUGCAUCAGAGUUCGACGGAUGCAUCGAGCUGACUAAUUUUAGUGGGUCGGACGGCCUAUUAUGGCCAUCAAUGAAGUGUCAUCGAAAACCCUUUAUCAAGGAAUUAGAAAGGAGUUGUUCGUAUCAGGAUCCAGAGGGGCUGGCUGAUCUGAUGGCGACUGAUACGCCACCGAUAUCCCAUCCACCACUCCAGACCAAAUCUAUGACACCAGCAUCAGCGUUCAUCACUUCAACAGUGGCUGAUAUUGCGCCGACGCGAACCACGAAGCCGACAAAAGAUGUGAAAACCCAAAUACUGGUCUCCAUUAUCCCGCCUGACCUUAACAAGAAACAGGCUGAACAAAAAGGCAAGCCACAACAACAUAACAAAUUGGCACAGCAGAAACAGCAACACCAGCCAAACGAGCAGCAGGAUGAUCAACAGACAAAGAAAAAGAUCGUAGAGGCUGGGACGGACAGUAAAGCUCCGGUGCAGCCUUCAACCCAGAAUACGCUGAUUGAAGACAAGGAAAAACGGGCCGAACGCGGUCCCGAAACAACGGAAUCAACCACUAUUACUCCGAAAGCUUCAGUUAAGUUGCCUCCGCAGCAGCAACAGCAGUUGCACAAUAUCGUCCUCUCGUCACAACCGGUAAUUCCCUUGACGAAGCCCCAUGGGCAGAUAGGCAACGGGCUGGCGACACCUACAAAGGAAAACCUUUUCAGUCGGUUUGAAAGUCGAAUCAAGCAACUCGAGCUGAAUACGAACCUCAGCAGCGACUAUCUGCAGGAACUGAGUCAGCGGUAUCGUAAACAAAUGGAGGAGAUGCAAACGGCUUUCAACAAAACUGUAGCCGUCCUUAAUGCCGAAGCAAAGAAAGCCGCUGAACGAGACCAAAACCAACAGGUAGCACUUGCAGCCUUGCAGGAGAGGCUUACCUCAGCCAUGGAAACCCUCCGGAUGUUGGAAGUGGAGCGCGAUUCCCUGUGGUGGCGUCUUUUGCUUGUCUAUUGUGCCCUCCUGGUCGCGUCGGUGGCAAUUCUUAUAGUCAUCCUUCAUAUCGUACCGAGACGGGCAAUUGCUUCUUUUAUGAGCUCGGAUCUACUUGAAAGGCGAAUCCGAGACGUGGUUACUGCAAGAGAACGAGAAGUUCGCGUUGAACGAACUAACCAACGGAUUUCUACCCAGAAAAAAGAUGCCGAAAUAGAGGCCAUUUCGUCCAAUAAAGAGCAGCCCGUCUUGAAGUCCAAAGAGAAAAGAGAUCAGUUAAGCUUGGCUGAAAUUAAUAUGGCCGCUAAUAGCCUUAGAAACGAUCCGGUCGAUUACAGUAAGCCCAAGUUGGAGCAGAAAGAUUUUUCUGCUCAAGAUGGCAUUGCAGUUUAUCCAGUGAAGAUGAACGAACCGGAAGAGCAGUCACGAACAAGCGCAGGACCAUUACUCAGAGAGGAAUCACAAACUAUCUUCAAGCCUCCUCCACGUGCCUCUGAACUAUCAAUGGAAGCAUGUCUGAAAAGUGCUUCAGAGCUAUCCCUGCAAACGACACCGGGUGGUCUGUAUGAGUCAUCUCCGGAAGAUGGCAGGGACCAACCUCAUUGUCAAAGUCGAUUAACGACCUCACCACCGACGAGCGCGAUUAGAUGUGAAGUUUCCACAACGAACGUAGCCUCGGUGACCCUCAACGAUGUGGAUGAAGCUACGUCACGAAGCUGUGCAGCCCAUUGUGCUGUGGCUUGCUGUUCACAUGCGAUGCUUGGAAGAUAGUUACAAUGGCGACAAGGAACUACCAUGUCAUAAUACUUAGUAAAAAUAUUUAAUAAUGCUGUAAUAUAAGAAGGCCUAAAGAGCUAUAGCUUCUCAGUCAUUGAGAGGGCUUGUUUAGCAGGAGAAACAGGUAAUAGCAUAGAACUAUAGUAAACUGCGUGCGUUUCAAAAAAUUCUCCUUUGUUCCUAACUGGGAAGCGGCGAAAAACAACGGGGCAAAAAAACAAGAUGCGGCUGUUGCAUCUAGUAGUUUAGAGAAGCGUUUCUGCACCUAUACCGAAGUAGCGUAAAGUUGCGCAUUAGAUGAAAUAUGAGCAAUGAACAUUCAAUAGCAAUUGCGGCGGAAAUAGCGCAUAGUAACCAUCACGCGCUACAAAUACUUCUAUAUAUAGAAAUAACUGCAUUAACAAUAAGACCUGUGUGCGGAUGGUCCAGGGGGUUUACCCACACACGAUGAAUGCCACCGGAAACGACAAAAAACCGUUCUUAUUCGUUUCACUACAAAAAGAAGACCGAUAGUUUUACGUUAUUGUAUUGUCAUCGACAGAAUAGCACACGACAUAGGCGGCAGAUAAGGAAGCGAUGUAUGUGCCGAUGAGAGGAAGAAGUAGAAGAUAUUGUAUUUAAGUCUACCGACUGGCUGAGAUGUUUCUGCAUAACGUGCAGACCUGUGAAUAUCAUAAGAGAACGUGUUUGUUGGAAAUAGAAAAAUAGCAUAAAUCUGGGAACUAAGCUAGCUAAAAUCGAAGCCUAAAAAGAAUGCCUAUAUAAAAAGUAUACCCCCAUAACUAGUGUUAAUAAUAUUUAGCUGAAAUUUGCUCUGAUCGGCCAGCGCCAUCUUGGACAAUGACUGGAGGGGUUUUUUUUUAGAAUCUGCGUUUGAAUAAAUAAAUUAGUCAAGAGGAUGUUACCCUGAAGAAGUUCUAACGGCAAUCAGCUGCAGCAAAGAUUAGAUGCAGUUUUCCAGGAAAAUGUUCCUACUGUUGUAUAAACAAAGGGAUAGAGAAGAAGAAAAUGUUAAUUUUAUUAUCAUAAUAGUUGAGUUGUGGUUGCAGAAAAUCACCUCACUGAUCUCGUUGGUGAUGCCUGAAGAGCUAGAUUCUUUAAGCAAAGGACUUUUUAGAAGACACCCAGUAACUGGGAUAAUUAUGGGAAAUGCACAGGCCACUUGUUUCCAAGCAUAAUAAUAAUAAUAAGGUUCGCUUUUCUAUACCAAAAUAAGCUACGUAUAUUGAAAAUGGCCCUAUUAUAGAUAGGAGCGCUGUAAAACUCUUGUAUCUUUUUUAGUAAGUCGCGUCUUAUCGCACGAGUACAGAGGUUACUCGUGGUGCCUGAAAGUGGCGAUGAUAAAAUUGACGCAAAAGUGGGGUUGAACGAGAUUCCCGCAUCCGUUGGUCCUCUUCGUAAUGCUCAAAUAUAAAUGAUUAACAGUGAACGCUUUAGUGCUUGAACUAAGCUGAUACUGACUACAGUGCCUGGGCAGAAUUAAGAUCUUAUUUAAGAUGUCUCUUUGAUAGCUGACGAUAUGAUGGUAUACAAGCUAUUUUGCCAUAUAACGUAAACCUUUUCACUAAAUUUGUCCGCACAAAAUUAUAGGUUCAACUCGUAUAAUUCUAUUUCCUUCUGCGAAUCCUUGUACACGUGGGAAUACGUCAUACUGUUAUUAAUAUAUCUAUUGUGUGGACAUGUUAUGUAGCCCGCGGUAAACUGCAGUGACCCACUUCAGUGGGAAGGAUCAGUGUUAUCAUGGUUUCUUACCGCGUCGUAAGUGACACAGAGUUGCUUGCCCACUGCGGCCAAUGAUUACUUUGCUAGUACUUCACGAGAGAAGGACAGUCAAACAGAAGACUAGGUUAAGCAAACAAAAUGAUUUUUUAAAUAUUCCCUUAAAACAAAUAACAUUUCGCGAACCUCCCUACUAAAAGAUAUUAACCUAUCAUCGAUCAGUGAUUUUUAAAAAAAGUAUGAAAAAAGAUCUUGCGCUAAAAUUCUUAUGCGCACUACACCAGCAUUUGGGAAGCUGAUAUGGCUAUUGGCUAAGAAAGUGUUUUUAAUGGUCAUACUUAUUCAUUACAGUGCUGGAAGCAAAAUUUGCGGGUUCUUCGUAAAGCCAUAGUGAGAACUGAGACUUGAAGAAUAUAGCUCAAGUCGAGAUCUACCCGUCGUGGAGUGAAGCAGCCGAUGACUGCUCGCAGAAUGCAUUUAAUACGGUGAAAUAAAAAUUAAACCUUUACAGCGAUCUGUGAUGAACACCCACUGCACUUUGAGCGAUCGUGUUAUUAUAUUGCCAAUAUUACUAAAACCUGCAUGGGCACAAGCGGCGGCAAAGUUUAAAUAUCGUCGAAGUAAGGUCGACGGUGACGGUGAAAAAUAUGUUAGAAUUAAUGCUGAUGAAACUUUUCAAAGGAUAAAUUAGAUUAAAUAUAUCUUGAUAUUAAA